CUGCCUCCCCCUUUCAAAAGAAACCACUCUGCUCUAUUUAUUUCAGAAUCCAGAGGAAGUUGACGAAGGGUGACAGCAGCGCAGCACAACAUGUGGUGGCGAGUCUGCAGCCUGCUGGCUUGGUUCCCCUUACAAGAAGCCUUUCGGACCAACCGCACGGAAACCAUCACCGUGGAGGAAGGCCAGACCCUCACUCUGAAGUGUGUCGCUGCUCACGCGGGGACCACCUCCCUGCAGUGGCUGGCCCCGUCCGGGUUCACCAUUUUUUUCAAUGAGCAUCCUGCUUUAAAAAAUUCCAAAUACCAGCUCCUUCACCACUCCGCCAAUCAGCUCUCCAUCAGCGUCCCUAAUGUAACACUGCAAGACGAAGGCGUGUACAAGUGUUUGCAUUACAGCAACUCCGUGAGAACAAAGGAAGUGAAAGUCAUUGUGUUAGCAACUCCCACCAUGCCAACCCUGGAAGCUUCAGUCAUCAGAACGCAAAAUGGAGAAGAACACGUUGUACUGAAAUGCUCCACCGUGAGAAGUAAGCCCCCUCCACAGAUAACUUGGCGUUUAGGGACCAACGUGGAGCUCUAUGGUGAAACCCACCAUGAAUUUGAAACUGAUGGGAAGAAGUGUAACAGCACCAGCACACUCAGAGUCCGCGCGUACGGCAGAAACUCAACAGCGGACUGCAUUAUCCGACACAAAGGCCUGCAAGGAACAAAACUGGCAGCACCUUUCCGGUUUGAAGAUUUGGUUACUGAUCAAGAGACGGCUUCAGAUGCCCCAGAGAUGAGCUCUCUGUCCUCUCCAGACCCUCAGCAGUCUGCUAGUACCGCUGCAGUAAUGGAAAUUUCUAGUACGUCAGAGAUUGACAAGGAGGAGGAAGAACAAAUCACUCAAGUCUCUCACUUGGCCACUGAAGCGAACCUUCAGUAUGCGGGACUGACCAGGAAGAAGAGCGGCGUCCUGCUCCUGACCCUUGUGUCCUUCCUCAUCUUCAUCCUCUUCAUCAUCGUCCAGCUCUUCAUCAUGAAGCUUCGGAAAGCACACGUGGUAUGGAAAAAAGAAAAUGAAAUUUCAGAACAUACUCUAGAAAGUUACAGAUCGAGGUCAAAUAAUGAAGAAACAUCAUCCCAAGAGAAAAAUGGCCAAACUUCUCACUCCAAGAGCUGCAUGAACUACAUCACACAGUUGUACUCAGAAGCAAAAACAAAGAGGAAGGAAAAGACACAACCUUCAAAAUUAAAAGGAGAGCACACUCAUAUACCAGAGAGCAUCGUGUAGUGCUCCCUGCAACAGAAAAUACGAUUUCAGGGCAGUCUCAUCAUCACCUGAGUGGAGCAGCCUGUGGGGAGGAGCAUAACUACCUUAAAGUGAAAAGCGUACUUUUGAGUGCAAUGCAAGAUGGUGUCCUCCGAUGCUCAUCUGCCCCGGACUCAGAGUGACAAAUGAGGAACCAACCAUGGACAUAAAGCUUUGUAGAUAAAAAAGAAAAAGAAAAAGAAAAGAAAGAAAGAAUCUAUUAUGCCUGACACUACUUCAGAGCAGGAGGAUUCUACUAAGCUUUUGGAUCAGGGUCAGUGUGACCAGCUAGCAUCUUACUGUAAAGGAAACAGGAGAUUUUACAUGCUGGACUCUAA